AGCACUAGCCCGCCCAUUCAGAAUCAGACUUCGCCUCACAACUCGACCUCGCCGCCGGCCGCCGCCGAAGGGAGCGGAGCAAGAUGUUCUUCCACAUCGUGCUGGAGCGGAACAUGCAGCUGCACCCGCGGCACUUCGGGCCGCACCUCCGCGACAAGCUCGUCUCCAAGCUCAUCAAGGAUGUCGAGGGCACCUGCAGUGGGCGGCACGGGUUCGUUGUGGCGAUCACGGGUGUGGAGGACAUCGGCAAGGGGCUCAUCCGAGAAGGCACGGGAUACGUCACCUUCCCCGUCAAGUACCAGUGCGUCGUCUUCAGACCCUUCAAGGGCGAAAUCCUCGAGGCUGUCGUCACCAUGGUGAACAAGAUGGGUUUCUUUGCGGAGGCUGGGCCGGUGCAGAUCUUUGUGUCCAACCAUUUGAUUCCAGAUGAUAUGGAGUUCCAAUCGGGAGAUGUGCCAAACUACACAACUUCUGAUGGAUCGGUGAAAAUUCAAAAAGAGAGUGAGGUGCGGCUGAAGAUUAUUGGUACUCGUGUCGAUGCUACAGAGAUUUUUUGCAUUGGUACAAUAAAGGAUGACUUUCUGGGUGUUAUCAGCGAUCCUGGUGCAGCUGUGUAAAUGGUCUAAGAACCGAAAUUGUACUCCAAUGUUCUGACUUCUGAGUACUAUAGCAGACUGCAUGUGUAAUCGGUGGUUUGUUAAAACCGUAAUGGCUGUAUGGACUGCAUAACCUGUUGAGAAUGAUGUGCCUAGGACCUUGUUUAGCUUAACUAGUAAGCAACUCCAGCAAUAGCCCUCAAAUCAGAGCCCAUAUUUUUUGAUUUGGGGCUUUCCUGCUUU